AUGGGAUGCGACAACCCAAUAUCGGAAUCUGAUUCCUUUGCAGCACCAGCCAAUACCUUCCUCAAAGAAGAAGUCUAUCGACUCGGUUCAUCCCCAGGCUUGCGCUCCCUCCCACCAGGCCCAGAACGCGAUUUUCUCACUCUGACAUGGGGUCCCAUCGUCUACCGCACCGCCUACGCCCCAGAAACGAAACGUCUUCUCCCCAUUUUUCUGCGCUCCCUGAACGAUUCCGUCAGUCAGUCAUUACAUCGAACAAUGACAGGCUCCGAUGAAGAGAUUCGCAUUCUCGCGCAAACCUUUGCGUCCAAGGUAUUCAGCGCUCGCGAUAUGUACGCCGAUCUAGACGAGGAGGGCGUUCGAGAUGUCUUUCAUGAGUUCAAAGUGUCCUUGAUGAUCCCUGAGACAGAGCUUCCCAGCAGGCUGCGGGUCUGUUUGAUGAUUGACGAGGCAGUAUUAUCGCACUUGAAAGAUGUUUUGGAUUUGGCUACACUUCAGCAAAAGGAUGCUGCUGUGGGUAGAUGUUGGGUGAAGGUUGUUGAAGAGAACUUUCCGGAUUCCAGGCUGGAUGAUCAUCCAAAUGUAGAUGAUGUUGAUACUGGGGGCAUAUCGUGGUGCAUGAAGAAUGCUCGUGGACGUUACCAUGGAUGGACGAUGGUGGCUCUCGAUGCGUUGAUUGAGGUUUUUGAUGGGUUGAGGGAGUUGAGGGGCUUGGUUGAGUAUCAUCGGGAGGGAAGGGCCUAUUUGGGAUGUGGGAAAUGGAGUGCUUAG